AUGUCCUGCAUGCCAUUACAAGAGGUAGAUGCAUUUCAAAAUACCAAGAAACAAUCUCAGCUUGACUCAACGACAGGACCAAGCGACCCACCUCCCGAAUCGUGCAUUGGCUGGAAGAACUCUUGGCCAAUGGCUCAAACAACAAAGGCUGGAUCCCUCAGCGUUAUGGAUGAAAUGGGCAUAUUUUUAGUUAUUUGCUGCCAUGGUAUUGUCCAGUUUAUCAUGGAUAUGGUCAAAAGUGGGGAAUUAGCGAAGUACCCAGUGGCAGCAGCAAACAAACUGAUAAGUACAUUUUGCCACAACAUCCUCUUCGCUUAUGAUGUUGGAUGCACCUUCUCCAUCACACUCACCUGCUCUACUAUUGGCGAUGUGGCACGUCAGGCCAAUUUCUUGUGCUGUACCGGCUCCUUUCACAGUGUUGCCCACAGUCUCAAAGAAGGGGUGGGCAUCGAAGAUGGGGAAGGCAAUGAACGGGCAUUCUCCUCCAGUAAUGGCGUUGCAGCAGUAACCCGGCACGCAUCUGCGCAUUACCGCCACUUCCGGGUCCACCUUCAUUUUGAGAAGUGGGACCAGGAUAAGUACGAGCGCUUAGGGAACCAUACCUCUGCAUGGACACAGAUCCGCGAAUCCAUGGAUAUCUUGGAAGCAACGAAAUGCAUGCACCCAUCAUUCGAUUUCGACCAGGACUGUCCACUAUUUCUGCGAGAAGAGAAGGAAUACAUUGCAUUGCUGAGGUCUGAGCCAAAGGCUGAACAAGCCAAAAUCGAGUACCUUGAAGCACUGGAGCGAUUAGAGAAUGCUGAGUCAGAGCUUCGGCCUCUGUUAUCGAUGCUAUCUGCAUCACCAACCUCGGAACUCGCCUACCAAGCUUUGCAUGCUCAACGCAAAGUGGAGGAUGCACACUGUAUUGUCUCUGCACUGGAGGCAAUGUCAUCUCUCGCCUUGCCCUGGCUUGAAAACUGUCCUCAAUGCCAGGAAGCCAUCCAGUUGUGUAAUGAGAGAAAGUAUCAUCGCCUUCUUGAUGAUCUGGAACAUCGUGCUAUCUCUCGUUGGUUUGAGUUGGAGAAAAUGGGUCUUCCAAAGACCGACUACAAAACCCAUCAACAUAUAUCACAGUUGGUCGGAAAACGGAGCAGGACGCUUCAUUCCACCCUUGAGAAGUACAACACCGCUGCCGCAGCAAUGAUGCCUCCGAAGCCAUCCCUCACUUGGGAUGACAUAACCCAUCCUGACUUCCCAAGUACAGUUGAACUAUUAUGGGGUCGUGAUGAUAUUCGGAGUUGUGAAUGGACGCAGGAGCAUUUCCAUGCAGCAACCCGCGCAUGGGCAAGACUCCAACGUGCAAAAGAAGAACUUGUUACCAUUGGAGUUGAAACCUGCAGGAUACUGACCUCUAUGAGGGAUGAGGAACUACAGCUCAAGAUAACUAUCGAGGCUGUGGCUGCUAGCAACCCAACCCUUGCAUCAUAUAUCUUGAUGGCUUUCAAGUGGCGUGUCGAAGCAAAUGCCCACCUCUGCAAGAAAUUAUCGUGCCUCGAGUCCCAUCCAUAUUAUCUUUCCCCACGUGGAACUGGUACUUCUGCUCACUCUGAGUGGGUGCCUCCAAGCAACUCCGAUGUCAAUCAACAACUCAGCGUUGAACCCAAUUUGCCUUCUGGGAAUGAGACAGCUGACAAGGGAAACAGUGACAAUAUGGAUGAUGGGCUAUCUGAGGAAGAAGGUGAAGAGCAGUCACUGUUGGAGGAACCAUGUGCUAUGAGGGUACUCCAACGGAGCUAA